CUUUUCGCGCGCCUCCCUUUGCCGUCGCGACGCCGCGCCAUUUUCUCGCGCACGUGGGCGACGCCGCCGGCCGAGCGAGGACGCCCGGCUCGAACGCCAUUAACGCGACCGUCGUGAAUGAACGCCGACCUCGACCGGGUGGCUUGCGUCCAUUGAUAGGGCGCGCGGCGGACGACGACCGCGGCGCUCACGGGGGCGGCGUAUGCACGCCCUCGCCGCUCCGCCUGUGGCUCAGUCGAGGAUGUGGCGUUCUCCGCGCGACGACACAGUCCGCGUGCGAAACCUGUGUUCAUUUAUCAGUAGAUGUUCGUGACCCCUCAGAGUGAUUAACGUGCCGUGUAUAUGUAGUUUCCUAAACGUAAUGUGCUGUGAUCGCGUCAAUUUGCUAGGACAUAAGUUAGUUUAAGUAGAGGCGCAUGCGCCGGUUCAAGGUAUUUUACAAGAGGGGUGGAUGUGAGUGCAGGUGCGGUGUUGCGCACGAGGUGGUGUGGAUUGUGCAGUGCGGGAAUGCGCUCGUGCGAUGCUCUCGGUGAUCGCGAUGCGCCGGCCGGAGGACGAGGAGCUGGGAGGUCGCGGCGACGGCGACGAGUUCGUGGACAUCUCGCAGAUGCAGCUGCUGGUGGAGGCGGGCCCGAGCGGGCUGCACUACGGAGGCCCGCCGCCGCCGCACGCGCAGCCGCAGCCCUACGCGCAGCCGCCCGCGCACCCCGCUACCACCACCGCGUCCGUCGACGACCUGUUCGCGCUCUACUUCACACCCACAACACAUGGUACUCUACCAGGCGAUGAACUAUCACUAGGAUGCUCGCCUCGCCGCCACAAGCAUGAGGCUUCGCUGUCUCCCGGCGCACGUGCCGAGGAUGCCAGUAACGCGUCAAGCGCUAGCGCCUCCCUGUACGGGCCGCCGGCCGGCAGCGCAGGCAAGCGCGCGCCCUCCCCGCCACUGCAGUGGCUGCUGCCACCCGGCCCCGGCCCUGGCAGCGUCGACAAGUACUUCCAGCAAGAGUACGAGGAGCGCGUCGAGCUACUGCCGCCCGAGUGCCAGCCGUACUGUGCGCCCCAGCAGCCCUGCCCGCAGCCGCAGCACUGCGAGUACCGCCCGCCGCCGCAGCCGCAACAGCAGCAUACGUGGGACACCCAAGAGUAUGCCAGUGCACCGCAGCCCACCCCCGGGCCCUCAGGCUUGCCCAAGCGCGAGCCGUACCCGAGCCCGGCUGGACCGAGCGACAGGCCUGUGCAGCUCGCUGAAUACAACCCGUCCACGAGCAAAGGUCACGAGAUUCUAUCUCAAGUGUACCAGCAAAGUGCGCAGCCUCUGCGACUCGUCGCCGUCAAGCCUCGCAAGUACCCCAACAGGCCUAGCAAAACCCCCGUCCACGAGCGGCCGUACGCGUGCCCUGUGGAAGGCUGCGACCGCAGAUUUUCUCGGUCUGAUGAGCUAACGAGGCACAUACGCAUUCAUACGGGCCAGAAACCUUUCCAGUGUCGAAUCUGCAUGCGCUCGUUUAGCCGAUCGGAUCACCUGACGACGCAUGUCCGCACACACACCGGCGAGAAGCCAUUCGCGUGUGACGUGUGCGGCCGCAAGUUCGCGCGUUCGGACGAGAAGAAGCGGCACGCGAAGGUGCACCUGAAGCAGCGACUGAAGCGCGAGCGCGGCGGCGGCGGCGCGCACCACCACGAGCCGCACCCGCACGCCACGCUCUAGCAUCCGACACCCGCCGGCGGCGCGGCUGCGGCGGGCUCCUCGACCGACACCUCUGACGAUACCAGUGGUGAAUCGUUCGUGGACAACUGAACUUUUUUAUACUUUCACGUUGAGAUUAUUGAAUAAUUUCAUCGCUUAGGUGUAAAUGAAUUGUCUUUAACAAAGCUUUAUUAACUCUACAUUUGUAAAUUCACUGAAAUUUAUAUAUAUCUUUUUAUACAUAUUUGUAAUAACUAUGGUAGGAUUCGAUUUGCUCGAUGUAUUUAUUUAAUUAGAUAGGGUAAUUGAAAACCUGACUGGGAACAAACGUAGAUACGAAGCGAUGUGGCCUAAAGUGUCCAGUGUACGUGUCGUUACGUUUCUGUGCAAAGAGAACUGUCUCGCCUCUUGUGGUGACAUGAAGUCACUGUCGUCCGCGGCGUUAUGUGAACACAUAUCUAUCUGUCUGAUGCUGGCAGUCCGGCGGGCAGCGCAUAGGUUCAACUGCGGCUCGCAAACAUGUAUUCUUGUUAAGUAUCGAUUAGUUGUACGUUGUUGUAAUUAUUUAUCAAGUGACCAUUUUGGAUUAUUAUGGUGUUACAUGUGAAUUACUUAAGUAUAACUUGACUGAUACCGUCUUCUUGACAUCGACAGCGAGAACUAAUUGAUAUCUAUCCAAUUAUGUGACAAAUUCCGGAGGUAACCUAUUCUGCCUAGGACUACCACUUAAGUAUUGUAGGUAUAUGUAAUUCUUAUAUUUGACAUAACUAACGUGAAACUGUGCCAUUAAUUUAACUUUAUAACGUGCCACUGCAAUUUUAAUUUACAUAAUUAUGUAAUUAAAUAAGUAUAACACGACUGCUGAAUAAGUGAUAACUAUGAUUAUUUCGUUAUACUAUAUUUCUAGUCGAAGAUAAAGUAUAUACGUGAGAAUGUCGACUCUUAUAUUUGUGUUAUAGAUAUCAGUAUCUGCCAUUACUAAUUUAAUAUAUUUACGUUUCGACAGCUGCUGUCAUGAUCUUCUCUUGCUCAAAUGUUUAAUUUAACUAAAUUUGCUCAAGUCUGCUUCAGUUACCUUUACGAGAGCGACAGCUCUACAUUUCCACUAACGUUCUCUCCGCUGACACCGUGUGUUGCUCUUUCUUUGUGCACUUGUUGUUCCGUAAUUUCACUAUGACAUUUCCCCAGUGGCAUAUAUUUUUAUAGUGUACGUAUUAUUACAUAGACUAAUCUAGUAAAAGUUUAGCAAGUAGAGUUUAAAUUAUGAUCUCUUAAUCAUUAAUAAUUAUUUUCAAGUGUAGCCAAGGCCCUUUAUUUAUAAUACUCAUAAGUUUCUGUAUAGAUGUAAAAGUACGUAUAAGAUUCACUUUUUUGUUCUAGUUACUGAGAUGACGAUGUUACACUGUUUACUACACAUAACAAAACGGUUGUAGGCCGACCGAUAGAUGUAAAAUGUCUGCAUUACUUAUUAACUUCUUUAAGAUUACUAGAAUCGUGUACUUGUAGGUCUAUUGCCAUUAUUCAUCAUUCAUUAUUAUUGAGCAAGUCAUUUCUAAGUUCAUAAGUAAUGCGGGAAAUUAUCUUCAACAUCCGAAAAUGUUUAGUCCCCUUUUUUCUCAUAACUGAGUACAAAAUUUAGCACAAAUAGUAGUAGGAAACUAAUGUCAUUUGAAUACUUCAAGUGAAAUGUUUUAGAGAACAGCCUUCGCAACUUAUGAUACUAUUAAUCCAUUUAAAUACUUUGUGGAAGUCUUUGAGACUACCUAAGGAUCAUUUCUCUAGAGUAGGAAUCAGCAAAUAGUGCAGUCGUAACAAACCGGAUCUAUAACUGACUGUUAUAACGUCACUGAACAGUGAUAAAACUACAGGGUUGGCCUUUCAGUAACGUCGGUCAUUAUGAAUUUAAGAUAUCUGACAAUAAUAUUACUAACUCUUGCACCUGCAGCCUGUUAACUUUACAUGGGAGCGGUAAGACUUCUGUCACCGCCUACCUGCACGUAUUCACUUCGAUCAAUGUGAAUUUUGUCUUCGCUUACCGUAGCACUGUAUAUGUCUAGAAAUGGCAACACGUCACUGAAUUAAAUCACCGUUCCCAGUUUUUCGGUCGCUUACAAAGCUUCUGUAGAGUGAUGCCGCGGCGGCAUGGUAGCGCGCCUUGCCGACUCGCAGCGCGCCACCCUGCUUCCGCGCGCGAUUAGAAUGUGGUGUACGAGUUUAUAAUGUUUUUACUGUUAUAGAAGAGACGAAGUCUCCGAUAGACAAGGCUAGAGUAGAUAGGUAUUAUGAAGCGUAUUCAUGUUAAACAAUUGAGUGAAAAUUGAAACGGAAAAGACUAAAUUCUUACACAUUUUACAUAAUGUUGCAUGACGUUAACGUUAUUGAUAUACGGUGUUUGUAUUAGGUUACGAGUUACGACUUGCCCACUGCACUGGGUGACGCCGCGAUCUCGCACUCUGAGUUACAUCCAGUUUGACAUUGCAUACAGCCCCGUGCUAAGAUGCCGCGCAUCACACACACUUUCAUGUAAAUCACUAACUCUUUAAAACUUUGAACAAAUACGAUAUCUUACUUAUAUGGUGUUCACCUGAUAGUGAAUGAGUACGAAUUCUAUGAGAUUUGUGUAUGAUUAUUGUUUAAGCUAUCAUUAUGUAUUUCACCUGUGUGAAAGAUGUUGUUGAUGUUCUAAAUAUAGUUAGUUUUAAUUAGGUAAGUAUUGUUAAAUCUCACUAAUUUUUACUAAAUUCUAUUUAAUUAAAAUAUUUGUAAAUACACUCUGACUAAAUUUGAAUUUAAUGUGUAUAUAAGAGAAAUGAAAUUUUUAUUUAAUGAAUCCACCUAAGGUGAGGAAAUACAAAUUGUUGAAAAUUUGAAUCUUGGA